AGUUUGUCUCUGUUUCCUGUUUCCUGUUUGGUGCAGAGGUCCAGCAGCUGUUGGUGGUUAAAGAAGAGGUUCCCCCUGAGCAGCAGGAGUGGAGCUCCAGUGUGGACCAGGAGGAACCAGAGCCCCCACACAUUAAAGAGGAAGAGGAGGAACUGUGGAGCAGUCAGGAGGGAGAGCAGCUUCAAGGGCUGGAGGAGGCUGAUAUCACCAAGUUCACAUUCACUCCUGUCCCUGUGAAGAGUGAAGAUGAUGAAGAGGAACCUCAGUCUGAGGGACACCACUGUGGGGGACCAGGACCAGGACCAGUGCCCGGAGACGAUGACGUUGAUGAUUGGACAGAGACCAGAGGACCUCAGACAGAAUUAACCCAUCUGAGUCUGAACAUGUCUGUCCCUGCCAGUGACUGUCGCACUGACGAGAAACCCUUCAGCUGCAAUGUGUGUGGGAAAAGAUUCAUGCAGAAGGGCUACUUGAAGACACACAUGAGGACCCACACAGGAGAGAGACCGUUUGGCUGCUCCGUCUGCAGUAAGUCCUUCUCACAGAGUGGGAGUUUACAGAGACACAUGAGGACGCACACUGGAGAGAAACCCUAUAUUUGCUCCGUUUGUGGGAAAGCUUUCAGCGAAACCGGAAACCUGAAGGUUCACAUUAAAACUCACACGGGAGAGAGACCGUACAGCUGCUCCGUGUGUGGGAAAGCUUUCAUCGAGAGUAUCCACCUGAAGGUGCACAUGUGGAACCACACGGGGCAGAAACCUUUUGGCUGCUCCUUGUGUGGGAAAAGAUUCCCCUGCAAUGAGAAUUUGGUGCGUCACAUGAGGACUCACACGGGAGAGAAGUCGCUCGGCUGCAGCUGAUGAAGAGGACUGCGGAGGACGGGGGAGACCAGACAAGAAGUAGUCUUCAUCAAAGCCGACAGAAAAAUGUCAGCGAGUUUUAGAAACACUUAGUAUGAGACUCUUUACUUUUACUUUUGUGUCACUUACUUGUGUUUUCACAUGACGAUCCACUCAGGAGAGAGACCGUCAACCUCAAGAGUCAGAAACAGGAAGUGAAAGCAGGAAGUGGAGCUGCUGCUGAUUAUUAAAUAUUAAAGUUAAAUAUUUAGCUGCUUAUUAUUCAGCAACGUUUUCUCUUCAGUUUAACUCUUCAAAACCAGACACCUGUAGAUAGCUGAGGCCUUUGUCUUCCCCAUCGCCACGUCAUGACCUCAUGUUACUGUACGUUCUGUGCAGACAUGGUACUUUGCUGUAAUGACGCCAGCAUUUCCCCGUUAUGACUGCAGGAGAUAGUUGUUUCCAUAAUCCUGUGUAUAUAUUUAUCAAAAAUAAAACCUGUAAAAGCUUGAACAUUCAGCUAAAGGCACAAAACACGCCGUUGGUGAACGCCAUGUGUCAACAAAUAGGCCCCUGUUAUUUUCAACGUACGACCCCACACUGGUGGUGGCAAGAAGUGCGUUGGUGCUCCGCCACUGUCCUGUUUCCAGCCUCGCUGCCCCCACAUUUAAAUGCAUUUUCCCCACUAGCAGCUCUUCUCUGCUCCCGUAGCAGCUCAACUCCUCUCCUCAUCACAGAUGUGUAAAUAGAACUCUGUAGCUGUUAUUAAUGGAUGAGGAGAGACUUGAAAAACAUGUUAAACUAAAUGACCCACAAUCGUUAUGACAACCGAUCAGAUACUUCCUGUGAUUUGAAGCUUAAGCCUAGUUCACAUUACACAAUUUUCACCACGAUUUUGACGUGGCAGAGGAUCUUGAGAGCCACUUUGGGUCGGAGGUGAGUUUGUAGGUAGACUGUCCUCAUGUGUGAACAACCCUCUGAGCCAGUUGCCCCCUCGUCUGUGACUGGGACUGGAUAUCUGGCAUGCUAGAAAACUGGAGAGGUUUGACAUGACUGACAAAGAGCAUCAGCUAAUGAGAGGUGGGAUACGUCCCACAUCAGCACGCAGGAGGACGGAAUAAAUGUGAGGAGGACAAGCCGGCAAGCAACAACAACAAUAGCGGCGUCCACAGGAGCACAUAGUGCGCGUUGUGUUCGGACCCAGGCUCUGGAGGCAGAUCUGAUUCAUUUAUUUUUACUUCCACGCAAUUUAAAUAACCCACCUGUAGCCAGACAGCACAGGGUCAAGGACAGACAUUCUCUAGGGGAUAUGGCAAGCCUAAAUCUGGUGUCUUUCCUUGAGAUGUACAGCUCUACCAGCCCCAGCAAGAAAUCAAAGUCAUCCGCUGUCAUCUGUAGCAUUUCCCAAAAACCCGUUCGAUCACUCAGCUAUAACAGGUACAGUAAUCUGGGUCAGAAUACAUGCAUAGACUAUAUACAGGGAUUAAAGUUCUCCGGCACACAGCGGAUUUCCGGCGUGGCGAAGUUUCUGUCCAGCACGGGCAGAAGUGCUCUACAGUGCGAGCAUUUCACUUGCAUUUGCCCCUAAAAAUAUAUAUAUGUGUGAACCGGGAAAAUGAUUUAGGCGCACAGUGUGCGAGUAAACACAACCUACUGUUUACUGUAAUCGGCAUCAGACUUUUUUCCAUCGAUAACCGAUCAAAUAAAUGUAUUUUAAAAGUCGCUCCUUUGGCUCUGAUACAGCCGUCUCCCUCCCUGCCUGCAGUCCCCACUGCACUGGGCCUUGUAACAAUGUCCCGCCUACAGCCCCCUCUGAUUGGUUACACGGCACAAGUGAUAGCCAAUCAACACUGACGCCUGUGCAUGCUUUCACAUCAUGUCACAUUGAGACACAGAGCACAGACGGAGCGGGAGAGGCUCCGGUAAGCCAGCGGUAAUUUUGAAGGUAAGGUAACAG